CCCCAAGUAUCGCGAGAACCAGAGGAAGUGCGAGAAGAACGGGUCCAGGCAAGGCAUAGCAAUAUUCAUAUUUAGCAACAACAACAACCUUUACGAAGAAUGGUUAUUCCGUUAUGUAGACGGGAAGAAUAACGAAACGUGCGCCACCACAAACACGCGGAUGAAAACACAGGACUGUGAUAUACAGGAUGUGGCCACGUUUCUCCGGAUGUAUGACCGACGGUGAAGAAGGGGCAGACCUUGUGAAUCCCAAACAUCAUACCUCGUCUACCCAUCCAGCUACUGGCUGUCUGGAGCCCAUAUCUUCUUGUUGAAACGAUAAAGUAUUUAAAUUCACAAAAUAAUGUAGCAAAAAAAAGCCUAGCCUUGGAGAUAUCUGACCUCUUUUAACCCCAUCUUACAUGGGUCCGGUACAUUUUAGGUCUUCAUUUUAGAUGGCGCUGAGCACAAGACUUCAGUUCACACUCACUUGUAAAUCACCAGACCAAUGUGCCGUGUUUGCCCCCAGUCAGUUACCCCAGCUGUGCAGUCCCUUCAGCUCUGUGUCGUAUGUUUGAAGUGAUUUGAUCGACCAAUCACAAUGAACGGUUCUCUUUUAACCCCGCCCAGCCCGCGGGCGGCCAACUCCUCUCCAUUACCUCCCUCCCCCUCCCCAUCUCCCUCCCCUCCAUCUCCCUCCUUGCUGCCCCUGUCGUCCCGGCCCCCCCCUCUACCACCUCUGGUGACCCCUCCUCCCCAGGCUCACCCAUCCUCCCUGUCCGACACCCCCACGCCGUCUCCCUCGCCUUGCCUGAGCUGGACCGAAUUCUGUGAGCUCCACGCCCGCGUUGCAGCCGGUGACUUUGCACGCCACUUUCGGGCUUUCCUCCUGGAGAACCCCCACUACUCUCCCGACUCGGCGGCCACUUUCUGCCGGCGCUUCACCGACCGGUUCGUUCGCCACUUCCAGAGCGAGCUGGAGGGGGCGCUCCCGGCGAGCUGCGCUUCUGAGAGGGACGACAUGGCGAGCUGGGCUCCCCAGUCGGACGCUACUUCCCUGGAAGAGGAAGCCGUGUCACCCCUGUCUGUGUCUGGGGGGGCCGUCCUCCCGUGCCCCCCCGCCACUAACGCCACACGGGCCUCGUCCAAGCCGGCGCCGGCUCGGCUGGUGCUGGAGAACCGCGGCGGGGACCGGUUUCAAGACUCGUACGCCCACAGCCAAGUCCUGCCUCCAUCUUCGUCAUCGUCGUGCUGCUCGUCGGUGGGAGGGAACAACGGGAGGCGAGGAGAGAGGGGGGGCAUGUUCGCCCCUGGGGGGAACGGGGAAGCACCGGUGGAGGAAGAGGAGGACAGCUGGCUGGGCGUGGCGUCUGUGGAGGAAGACGUGGAGCCAGAUGAGCGGGAAGCAGAGUCCGCCGAGGUGGACGGCGCUGACCCCUCCUACAGUCAUCAGAUCCCACCUUCCUCGGCGUCUCCUCCGCCCGGCGCCAAAGGUAACGGCACGCCCAACUCUAAAAACAAACUGAAGAAGCGCUUCUCUCUGCGGAGCGUGGGGCGGAGCGUGCGGGGGAGCGUGCGCGGCAUCCUGCACUGGCGAAGCUCGUCCAGCGACUCGGCCCAGAGCCCGCUGCCGUCCAGCUACAGCUACACCAUGGGCGUGCAGGACGCCGCCUUGGCCUCCAGCUCUAAGAGGACCUCUGGUACCCAGCCCCCCACGCCCACCUCCUCCAUGCCCGUGUCUCUGUCCAUGCCCCUCUCCCUCCCCCACUCCUCCUCCCUGCCCCCCUCCUCGUCGAGCAGCGCCACGUCUCUGUCUCUGUCCGACGCGGCGAGGGAUCGGCGCCGCAGCAACGGCGAGGGAGGCGAGAAGGAGAAGUGGAGCCAUCGUCUGGAGAAGCUCAGACUGUCACGAUCCCCUCCUCCGGUCGUCACGCCGACAUCAGCCGGCCCCCCCCACUCGUCCUCCUCCACGCUGCCGCCGAGCAGUGCCGCCGCGGCGGGCGCCAUGGGACCCCCCAGGAGGGUCGGCCGGCUGGUGCGGGAGGGAGGUGUCAGCGUGAGCUCAUCCAGCGACGAGUUAUUAAGCCACGGCUUCUCGGGCUUCUCGUUCGGGCUGCUGCAUCACGGUACGGACAACAACGGCGCCGCCUCGGCGUCUUCUGGCGCGGCUCACGGCGGCGGUGUGCCGCAGCUGAUCAGCGGCGCCAACGUGCCCUGGAGGGGGGGCCGCUGGCAGAAGUGUCGCCUGGUCCUCAAAGAGAGGGACCGGGAAGGCAGCGAGCGGGGAGAGGAGUACUACUUGGAAUUCUUCAUUCCACCUAAAUCCUCGAAGCCCCGGCUGACUGUCCCUUGCUGCUCUAUCGUGGACGUGAGGAGCACCACGGCGCUGGAAGUCCCCGACAAGGAGAACACCUUCCUGCUGCAGGUAAUCACUCUCUGUCCCUCUGUCUGUCCCUCUGUCUCUCUGUCUGUCCCUGGAAGGUCUGUGCUGAUGGGAGACUACUAUCAGAAGCUUUCUAUUGUGCUUCUUCUUCUUCUUCUUCUCUUCAUUUCAGCUGGAGGGCGUGCUGUCAAUCGUGUGCUGUUGGAUAGUGAACAGGAAGAUGCUGAAGGUGUGUGUAUGGGGCCCUUGGACAUCAGCGGGACACCUGAGAUUGUGGACCGUCUUUCACAAGUGUGUUACGGAGGUAUCGGAGGCUCCUCUCCUCUGAUGGAUCCUCUCCCACCGGAGCUGCCCCCUCGAGCCCCUCUCGACGAACCAGACAGCCGGGUCCUCUGUGGAGGUGGGGCGAGCCUGGGCACACCUUUCGCUGAGACGCCAGAUGCCACAGGGUCCUUCCUGUUCUCGGAGGUGACCCCGGCCGAGGCUGUGGAGCAUCCGCUCAGCGAGUGCCAGUGGUUCCACGGCACCCUGUCCCGUCUCAAAGCUGCUCAGCUGGUGUUGGCUGGAGGCCCGGCCAGCCACGGCGUCUUCCUGGUUCGCCAGAGCGAGACGCGGCGCGGCGAAUACGUCCUCACCUUUAACUUCCAGGGCAAGGCCAAGCACCUGCGUCUGUCCCUGAACGAGGACGGGCAGUGCCGAGUGCAGCACCUUUGGUUCCAGUCCAUCUUCGAUAUGUUGGAGCACUUCCGGGUGCACCCGAUCCCGCUGGAGUCCGGCGGCGCCUCAGACGUCACGCUCAUCAGCUUCGUGGGCGCCACCGCGCUUCGCCAGCCAGACUUGACCAGCAGACCCCGUAGCCCCCCCCAGCCUCCUCCACUGCCCCCGGGCCGGCCCCCACCCCCCACCCCUCCCCAGGAGAGAGGAGACGACUCAGAGGCAGCAGGAGCACCAGGAGGAGCAGCACCAGGAGCAGGAGCAGCAGGAGGAGCAGCAGCAGCAGGAGGAGGAGAGGCUGUGGCUACCAUGGCGACGCCGCCAACAGGAGGAGGAGGAGAGGAAGACUGGGAGGAGAGGGACAGGGACACUCCUCUCCGCCAACUAGACGCUGUGGAGGGAGAAGAGAGGGAGGGAGCUAGGCCGCCCCGAGCCAUCGACAACCAGUACUCCUUCUUCUGAUGGAGGGAGGAGUGUGUGUGUGUGUGUGUGUGUGUGUGUGUGUGUGUGUGUGUGUGUGUGUGUGUGUGUGUGUGUGUGUGUGUGUGUGUGUGUGU